CUCCCCUGCGGUAUUUUAUGCAUAGCAGGCAUCGGACGCGGAAACGGAUGGCACGAGAUUCAUAACAUUAACAAUGGGAUUCAACAAUGUCGUCAACAGGUGACACUUGGGGUCUACAACGCUUCUAUAAAUCACAUUAUCACUACUGAUCACUGAUUGCACCGCCAUGAACUCUGGAGGAAAUUGAGACGACUCUAACUUCAGUUUCUUAACAGUGGGAGAAAGUUGUUCCAAGUCGGGACCCACAGAGCGAAUAACAAUGGCCCCUCUACCCAUUAUGGCUCCACUUUUUGAUGCUUGCUUCAGAGGAAAACAUCAUAAAUUGCUGCACAAAUCGUUUGUGUUGAUUCUUACCUUCUUCACGUACAUGACGUAUCAUCUAUCAAGAAGGCCAAUCAGCAUUGCUAAAGGAGUUUGGUUCCGAAACUGCUCUGUACCUAUAAACGAUCUGAUGUUCCCAAUAUUGAACAUAUCAGAAGCUGGCAAUGAAUACUGGUGUGACUGGGCACCUUUUGAUACACAAGAUGCUAAAGUUCUUCUUGGAUGGCUGGACACCAGUUACCUGUUUGCAUACGCAGUUGGAAUGUUCAUAAGCGGUCACAUUGCAGAGAGAAUGAGUCUGCGCUACUUUCUUACUGGUGGAAUGAUCCUCAGCGGAAUAUUCACUGCCGCAGUUGGACUCGCUGAAUUCUUCAAUAUACACAGCUAUGCUUAUUUUAUCUCUAUGAUGAUUUUAGGAGGUUUCUUCCAGGCUACUGGCUGGCCGGCAGUGGUUGCUGUAGUAGCCAACUGGUAUGGUAAAGGAAAGCGUGGCUCAAUAAUGGGUAUAUGGAACGUACACACAAGUCUAGGUAAUAUUUUAGGUGCAUUGGUGGCCGGAGCUCUUAUAGAUGAGACAUGGGCGUUUUCUUUCAUUGUUCCUGGAUGUAUCAUUGCUGGUAUGGGAGUCAUUGUCUUCCUCUUCCUUAUAGAAUAUCCAACAGAUAUUGGAUGUGACACACCAGAGCAAAGUUCAAGUCCCAAAGAGCUGGAUUACUCUUCUUCUAGAGGCUCUGGCCGUGAUGAUGUUGCAGCUGACCAUGAUCACAGUCUAGUACUCUCAGAGCAACCUGCUGUCAGUCUAUGGGUUGCAACUACAAUACCAGGAGUUAUUGAGUUCUCGCUGUCAUUAUUUUUCUGCAAGUUGGUCAGCUAUACAUUCCUGUUCUGGCUUCCUUUCUACAUAGACAGUACAACUGAUUUAAAUGACGCCCAGUCGGCUGAUCUCUCUACGUUGUUUGAUGUUGGUGGUGUACUCGGUGGCAUAGUGAUAGGGUUUCUAUCUGAUGUAACAGGAGCUAGUGCCACUGUGUCUUUUGUGGCACUUAUUAUCUCAGCACCAUUGGUUUAUAUCUACAAUGCAUUUGGUUACAUCAAUCUUGCGUCCAGUAUAGGUUUGAUGAUGGUGACAGCUUUCUUUACAAAUGCACCUUAUGCUCUCAUAACAACAGCAGUGUCUGCAGAUUUGGGUACGCAUCCAUCACUCCAUGGGAAUGCCAAGGCGUUGGCAACUGUAGCAUCAAUCAUUGAUGGUACGGGUACAAUUGGUGCUGCUAUCGGCCCUCUAUUGACAGGUCUCAUAAACCCUGGUAGAGGGGAGAAGGAUUGGACAUGGGUGUUUGUCAUGUUGGCUGCAUCAGAACUGUUAUCUGCAAUGUUUUUAAUAAGGCUUGUGUAUAGAGACAUCAAGAAGUGCGCCUGCAGCAAUGGCUACCAGCCCAUUUCGACCGACUCAAAUAUAAAUGGUGACACAAGUGUAGGUAUUAGUGAUGAUAAAGAUGAGGAGGAGUAAUAAUUCGGACUGCCGAUGAAGGAGUUAUUUGAAACGAAGGAAAGGUUUUAAGCAGAAAGCUACAGUACUACUGGAUUGUCUGUUACCUGUUAUUCUUGUGUUUUGCAGCUCUGCUAAACAGCUUCCAGGUUGUAUUAUGCCAUGUAUGUUAGGAAGUAGAACUUUCUAAUGAUAUUUAACAUUGUAUGGUGUAAAAAAGCAAGUGGCUUGCAACCUUUUGAAGCCCGGCUCAUACUUCCUGCGAAAUUGACCAACUCACACCUGUUAUCCCCAUUAAUCAUUUUGCCAAAGAGUGAGCCCUUAAUUUUUGCUUAUCUGGAUCAAAACCCCUGGAAACAGAACUUUCUAGGUUGAGAUUUCUUUGGAAUUAUUUUUUUCUUCUGAAUUUUAAACCAUAUUAUGAAUAUUUUAAUACAUAAAACAGUAUUUUAAACAAGAAACGAAAAUGUUUUAUCACAUUUACUGCACUUUAUCAACAGCUUUAAUUUCUGUACAAACAAAAAGAAGCUAAUUCUUUGGAUGAAUUUCAAUAUCUAGCAUAUAUCUACUUUACUUAUACAUAGUAAUACUAACAUGUACAUACUUGUUUAAUCCCCUUAUUUCUUAUUUACACUUGAGUGUUUUUAAACAUGUACAAGUAGAUUAUGUAACAUUAACACAGAAAAAUUUAAAUGGCCCGUACAUGGUUUGCACUUGCAAUAGACUGAAUCGAGCAAGGACGAGUAAGGACGUGUGGCUUAUUUGAUUUGACAUUAACAAACAGUUUUGCUGUUUUCACUGAAGCACUUCCCUUUCAACAAAAUUGUCAGUUACUACAAGGUUAGUCAUAGCUUUGUAUUAACUUUUAAUACAUGUAUUUAUGUAUAUU